AUGCUCACAUCUCCCAAGUACUACUCACCCGGUGAUCCGCUCCUCUUAAGACAAGGCGGAGAGAAGGGAGAUAUCGGCGAAUUAGAUACACUGCGCCACAACGUAUCCCAGAGCUCAUUUGCAGAGCUACUUAAGUAUGCUCCAAAUGCGCCCCCGCAGGCAGGAAGGGUGGACUAUGACGGAAUUAUGGCCAGCGUUUUGCCACCAAGAGGACUCUCUACAAAAGAAGAGCUUGCAGACAUGCCCAGGGAAAAGGCCGCUGACAAGGUUAUUCCGACUUAUGAGCAGCCACCCAAGCGGCCACAAAGAAAUUUACAACACGGAGAUCCUCGGUUUAUCGGAAAGAUCAACCAACUUGAAGUGCAGAGAAAUUACGCCUUCAUUGGUGAGCUUAGGCGCGAAGAAUUGAAGGAAUGCGAUGCGCAGUACCGUGCACUUUCUGAGGAUACGCCGGAAGAGAAAAGAGAGGCACUCCGUAUGAAACUCCUCAAGCUCAAGAGGCAGGUAGGUGAGAUGGAGAGGCGUAAAGCAGAGGAAGACAUACGCGAGAAGCUGGUUAAAGCAGAGCUUCGUGCAAUCGUACAAGGAAAAAGACCUGAUUUCAUAAAGGACAGAGAUAUCAAAAGGCUCACAUCGGAAAGCCUAUACUGUGCCAGCGCUGGUACACGUAAGGGCGAUAGAAGGCUGCAAAAGGCACGGAGGAGGCAACGCUUGUUGACCUUGUAA